GACGGAAGAAUUUUCAUCUAAAUGUUUCUAUGAUAACAUUUCAUUCUCUGCAGGUUCAGAUUGUGUUCACAUAUGUACCUCGUGUGUGGCAUAUGCGAAAAAAAGGUAACUGCGUGGUUUCAGGCAAAUCUCUGAAUGGUAUUUCCGGCUACCUCUGUAUGAUUAGGACGCCGACAGAUGGCAGGUACAUAUGCACUAAACGUGGGCCGCUGACACUGCUGAGAACCUUAACCUCUCUCACCGUGAAGAAGCGGAACACGGUGGCCGGGGUAAAUGGGAUCAUUCAGCCCAAUAGGAUUUCCAUGUGUCACCACGUGUAAUGUCCAAGCGCAUCUUACCAUUCUAUAAAUAUGUGUACCACAUUACCUAAACACUAACGUUGUUAAUCCGACGUUGAAUAUACACGUUUAACACUCUGCUGUAGAGGUCUGUAACAGUGUAGCAAAUGUAUUUUUCCCACGGUUAGAAAAGCUGUCAACUAGGUGGAAAAUAGAAAAAUGGAAAAUAUGACCACAAGAUGGCAGAAUAGAGGAAAAAAAACAUAACUGCGUGUAUAUUUCUCCUUCCAAAGAAAAAUCUCUUUUCCGGGGUUCCAUGAUCACAAAGAUGUUCCCGCUCUCAAAGUGGCUCCAGGAUAAACGUUGUCAUCAUACUUCAGGAAACACCAUUUUCUGAACUUUCUCAGUUGAUUUCACGUUUUCUCUGCAGUGGUCAAGGAUCUGGAAAGUUGUACUUGAAAGCCAACUCGUUGGAGUUGCAACUGCAGGUGGGCAGACACAGCAAUACAUCAGUUGGCCUGGUCUGUCGGUGAUGUAUCCGUCUUGCUAACGGCACGACGGGGAAUCUUUUCAGCGUGUUCUGGGUUCCUCUGUUGACAGUCUUCCAUAUUUUCUGAUUUACCUGCAUCCGGAGAGGCAGUAAACAGCUGUAGAGCGUUUUGCAUACGUCUCUGCUGUCGUCUUCGGGAAAUGCCAUUGCUGUCUCCCGCCUCAAACAAAAGAUCCGUAUUCCAGCUGUGAGGCUAUGCUUUUGAAGUUAAGAGCUAAAAUCGCAAUCGCGGCUCUCUCCUGUCUAUACUGGGCCCAUGGCCCAUCACUAAAAAACUAAAUGAUGGACAUGAUCAAGGUCUGGGGAAAGGUGGCACCUCUAUAGCAGAAAUACAUAUAUUUGAAUGUAGUAAGAAUAUCAGUUUGGAACAGCCUUGUUACUUGCAAUCAGUGCUCUAUCUUUCCUUUGGUAACAAUUUUUUGAUAGUAACAGCUGAUCAUUUUAUACAUUUCAGACAACUUGAUCAUUUUCCCUUGUGUUACUUUAAUAGCUUUGACCUUUCAUGUAUGUACUCUUCCCUGAAACGCUGUUGGAGAGUGGAGAGCGUAUUUAUCUCCAUGUGAUCAAGAUUCCAGAUGCAAGAACCAGUAGCGAUGUUCCCUGGUUUAUGUUCUCUGCUUUGCUGGAUGGAAGGAGCGGAAGAGCUCGCACGACACCCGUCUACAUCCACCGAGAAGGACAGCAGCCUGGCCGAACUGGUGAGACCUCCCAGGCCGAAGGGGAGGCAGGGCAGGUCGCCUAGGAGACGUCGCGACGCCAAGAGGCGCUUAGAUGAUCAGGGGCGGCAGCCUUGCGGGAUGGAGAGACGGCGGUUACCGGGGCAACCGGAACACGCCAAUCCUCCAGCAUCCACAGCCGAGACAGCUGGCACCUCUCUGAAGAGAUGGGAUAGAUGCAGGCGGGCACACUUUCUUCAUGGACCAUACCCAGCUACACAUUUUGGACCUAAAGCUUGCAUCCUACCCAACCCCACCUCAGUCAUGCAUAUCCAGGACCCUGCGAGCCAGCGCCUUACCUGGAAUAAGCCUCCAGAACAUGUCCUGGUCAUCAGGAAGAUUCGCGACAAGAACCUGUUGGAACCGUUCAAGGAGCUGUGCAAGUUCCUGAUUGAGGAGAAACAGCUGGUGGUCUACGUCGAGAAGAAGGUGGCAGACGACGCGACCCUGUCUCAGGACGAGACCUUCGACGCCAUCGGAAACCAGCUGUGUAUCUUCAGAGAAGGCUAUGAUGACAUUUCAGACUGUAUAGACCUGAUCAUCUGCCUGGGAGGGGACGGCACCUUGCUGUAUGCAUCCUCUCUGUUCCAGGGCAGUGUCCCCCCUGUCAUGGCAUUCCAUCUGGGCUCGCUGGGGUUCCUCAUGCCGUUCAGGUUCGAGUCCUACAAGACGGAGGUGGCCAAGGUGUUUGAAGGGAAUGCAGCCAUCACCCUGCGCAGCCGUCUGAAAGUGAAGGUGGUGAAGGGCACGUCGCAGAAGAUGCGUCAGUCCUACGUGGCGGAGAACGGUACCUCAUCCCCUAAGGGGAACCCCCAUGCUGGGGAGGACAGUGACGCUGGGAAGGUCACCCUGCAGCUGCAGGUUCUGAAUGAGGUUGUGGUGGACAGAGGUCCCUCUUCCUACCUCUCCAACGUGGACCUGUAUCUCGACGGCAGGCUGAUCACCUCAGUGCAAGGAGAUGGUGUGAUCGUGUCCACGCCCACUGGCAGCACCGCCUACGCCGCAGCGGCCGGCGCCUCCAUGAUCCACCCCAACGUACCCGCCAUCAUGGUGACGCCCAUCUGCCCACACUCACUCUCCUUCCGGCCCAUUGUGGUACCUGCUGGCGUGGAACUCAUGAUAACUUUGUCCCCAGAUGCCCGAAACACAGCCUGGGUGUCCUUUGAUGGCAGGAAGAGACAAGAAAUCCAGCAUGGAGACAGCAUCAAGAUAACGACGUCCUGCUAUCCCGUGCCGUCGAUCUGCUGCCACGAUCUGGUGUACGACUGGUUCGAGAGCCUGGCCGAGUGUCUGCACUGGAACGUCCGCAAGAAGCAAGCCCAGCUGAUGGACGUCACGGAUGACUCCGAUACAGAGAACUGAGCCCCGCCCCCCCCCCCCCCCACUCCGACACUAGCUUGCCUACCUAGCUGUCUUCCGAGAACAAAAAGGUACCAGAUCAGCUUGUUGGUGAGUGUUACUUCUAUCUCAUAAGGUCCAAGUGAGGCCGACUGAGCAGGCCCACUGCAGUCCCUUUUAAAGUGUCGUUCCCCGGGUUCAUUGCCGUUAAAGUCAAACCCAAAACAAAAACUGGCUACAAUGAACAUGUCCUUUGGUAAAUAAUAAAGAUGAGAUGUUUACACUGA